GACGGCUGGGCGCACGAGCUGCGGCUCUUCGGCCACGUCCUGGAGCGGGCCGCCUGCCUGCGGCGCUGCAAGCGGGCGCUGCCCGCCUUCCAGGUACCCUACCCGCCGCGGCAGCUGCUGCGCGACUUCCAGAGCCGCCUGCCCUACCAGUACCUGCACUAUGCCUUGUUCAAGGCUAACCGGCUGGAGAAGGCGGUGGCCGCGGCCUACACCUUCCUCCAGAGAAACCCAAAGCACGAGCUGACCGCCAAAUAUCUCAACUACUACCGGGGGAUGCUGGACAUCGCGGACGAGUCCCUCACCGAUCUAGAAGCCCAGCCCUACGAGGCUGUGUUCCUUCGAGCUGUGAAACUCUACAACAGCGGCGAUUUCCGCGGCAGCACGGAGGACAUGGAGCGCGCCCUGGCCGAAUACCUGACCAUCUUUGCCCGGUGUCUGGCUGGCUGCGAAGGGACUCACGAGCAGGUGGACUUCAAGGAUUUCUACCCAGCCAUAGCAGAUCUCUUUGCAGAGUCCCUGCAGUGCAAGGUGGACUGUGAGGCCAAUUUGACCCCCAAUGUGGGCGGGUACUUCGUGGACAAGUUUGUGGCUACCAUGUAUCACUACCUCCAGUUUGCCUACUACAAGUUGAAUGAUGUGCGUCAGGCUGCCCGAAGUGCCGCCAGCUACAUGCUCUUUGACCCCCAGGACAACGUCAUGCAGCAGAACCUAGUUUAUUACCGCUUCCACCGGGCUCGCUGGGGCCUGGAAGAGGAGGACUUUCAGCCCCGGGAGGAGGCCAGGCUCUACCACAAUCAGACCACUGAGCUUCGGGAGCUGCUGGAGUUCACACACAUGUAUCUGCAGUCAGAUGACGAGAUGGAACUGGAGGAGACAGAACUAGCCGUGAAGCCCGAGGAGCCCCCAUCUGAUGCUGAGUUUGAGGGGGAGGGAGACUACGAGGAAGGCCUCUACGCCGACUGGUGGCAGGAGCCAGAUGCCAAGGGUGACGAGGCAGAGGCUGAACCAGAGCCGGAACUGGCAUGAGAAUGGUGUUUCUCCAUCCCCGCUUCCCUUAAGAGCUCCGGAUGCCUGGGCAGCAGCAAGACCUAUUUAUUAAAAAUUUAAAAGUGGACACAGCUGGCCAGGCUCCCAUAAUGCCUCGCCUGGUGAGGGCUGUUCCCCAGACUCCAUCUUGCUUCUCCUGUAUCUCUGGACCACAGGAUGGGGACAGCGCUCCAGGCAGGCAAGGGAGCAGUGGUGGUCUCCCUUCCCUGCUGCUAUCCCCACCGCUGACUGGAAGUCUCAGCCUAAAUUGCUGAGGACAGUGUGGGGUCAAAAAGACCAUGGGACAUGGAGUUUUGGCACUCAAUAAAUGCCAGGGUAGGUGCUCAAUAAAAGUUUAUUGUUGGAUG